CAAAAGGCCACGGAUAUCACCGAGAAUAUAGAAGUUAUGGCUGAGAAAGAAAAAGCUAAAGCUGUUCAAUCAAAACACAUUCCAAAAGAUGGCCAAGUAAUAAUGGCUAUUAUGAAAGAAAUGGGUAUAACAGAUUAUGAACCCAAAACAAUUGUACAGCUCACAGAAUUUGUUUAUAGGUAUGCAACAUCCAUACUUGAAGAGGCUAGAAUGUAUUCCAAUAAUUCAAAACAGAAAUUUUUGGGAGUGGAUGAUGUCCGUUUAGCCCUGCAAUUAACCUGUGAAUCGACUUUCACGACACCUCCACCGAGAGAAGUACUUAUGGAACUUGCUCAUGUUAAAAAUUAUUCACAUUUACCACAAGUCAAACGCCACUGUGGCCUAAGACUACCUCCUGACAGAUACUGCCUGUCAUCUUGCAAUUACACCCUUAAGAGCUCCAAGAAAGGCAAAGGAAACUUUUCUAUGGCUGGUAGCCCAGCCUUAAAAAUGACUCCCAAAGCUAACAUAAACUUUUUAAAGAGAACCACUCCCACAAUCUCGAAACAGACUGUUACUAUACCAAAACCAAUUACAAAAGUUAUUACGGCACAACCCCAAAAGACAUUACUUAAACCAAAAAUAGAGAUUACACAAAAUGUACAAAUAGCACCACCAAUUAAAACUGAAAUGGAUUUUGAAACUUCAGCGAUAUUGAAACGGAAAAGAGAGGAUGAAUCUGAACCAAUGCAAACAUAGUUAAUUAUAUUUUAUAAAAUCUAUAAGCAGGUAUAAAUAACAUUGUAAUUCAUA